CAUCCUUUUAUCUUCUUUAUCCUUGAACGCUAAAGCUGAACUGCCAAUCUCCAGAGCGCAAGUAUGGCGGCGAAGUAUGAUCUGACGCCGCGCAUAGCUCCGCAACUCGAUCGGCACCUGGUGUUCCCCUUGCUGGAAUUCCUGCAAGAGCGUCAACUCUACGCCGAUGAGGAUAUUCUCAAGGCUAAGAUUGAGCUCCUCAACGAUACCAACAUGGUUGAUUAUGCUAUGGACAUACACAAAUCCCUCUAUCACACUGAAGAUGUCCCACAAGAAAUGGUGGAUCGAAGAGUUGAGGUUGUUGCAAGGUUGAAGGCACUAGAGGAGGCCGCUGCCCCAUUGGUUCAAUUUUUGCAGAAUGCAAAUGCAGUUCAAGAGUUAAGAGCUGACAAACAGCACAAUCUUCAAUUACUCAAUGAUCGGUAUCAGAUUGGUCCAGAGCAGAUAGAGGCAUUGUAUCAGUAUGCCAAAUUUCAGUUUGAAUGUGGUAAUUAUUCUGGUGCUGCUGAUUAUCUGUAUCAAUACCGGGCUCUUUGCACAAACAGUGACAGAAGCCUGAGUGCAUUGUGGGGAAAGUUAGCUGCUGAGAUAUUAAUGCAGAAUUGGGAUAUUGCCCUUGAGGAACUAAAUCGCUUGAAGGAAAUUAUUGACUCAAAGAGUUUCUCAACACCGCUACAUCAAGUUCAAAGCAGAAUUUGGUUAAUGCAUUGGAGUCUGUUUAUCUUCUUCAACCAUGACAAUGGAAGGACCCAGAUCAUUGACCUGUUUAACCAGGACAAGUACUUAAAUGCCAUUCAAACAAAUGCUCCUCAUCUACUGCGUUAUCUGGCAACUGCAUUCAUUGUCAACAAAAGAAGACGACCUCAGUUUAAAGAUUUUAUAAAGGUUAUUCAGCCAGAGCAGUACUCUUAUGCAGACCCCAUCACUGAGUUUUUGGCCUGUGUUUAUGUCAAUUAUGACUUCGAUGCAGCACAGCAAAAGAUGAAAGAGUGUGAAGAGGUAAUUUUGAAUGAUCCAUUCUUGGGCAAAAGAGUUGAAGAGGGCAAUUUUUCAACUGUGCCAUUGAGGGAUGAAUUCCUAGAAAAUGCUCGCCUUUUUAUCUUUGAGACCUACUGCCGCAUUCAUCAGCGCAUUGAUAUGGGGGUUCUUGCUGAGAAACUAAAUUUGAAUUAUGAGGAUGCGGAGAGAUGGAUUGUGAAUCUUAUCAGGACUUCCAAGCUUGAUGCUAAGAUUGAUUCCGAAACAGGAACUGUUAUAAUGGAACCUACUCAUCCCAAUGUUUAUGAGCAGCUAAUUGAUCAUACAAAAGGUCUUUCUGGACGUACAUACAAGUUGGUGAGUCAGCUUCUUGAGCAUGCCCAGUCACAAGCACAGCCUACCAGAUAGUUUUGGUAUUGAAGCCAAAGGAUUUUUUGGUAGUCAAUACUUUUCGAAGAGUUUUGUUUUGGUUUAGUUACUUAUUUUAAUGCUUUGUAUUGUGUUAGUUUUAUGGAAUUCCAACUUUUUAAGAUUGAUGGAUUUUAUCAUGGUACUAUUUAUCAUUCAGUAA